AUGGAUAAAGAUGACAUGUUUAAAAAGUUAUUUGACGCAUUUAUAAAAGCUAAUCCAAGCGGUCAAAAACAAAAAAUUCAGCAUGAUUGUGUUAGUUUCUGGAAUUCAAUCAAAACUGCACCUGAUUUUGUCCGCUUGUACAACGCAAAGAAAGCUGAACUAGAGGGUACUACUAGGAAGCGAUUAAUUUCGUCUUUUUUCUUGUCAAAAAACGAGAACAUUCCUUCCAAUUUAAAAUCAAAUGACAGCUCUUGUGGAAUAAUAAAUUCUUGUUCUUCAACUUUUUCUGCCGUUCCAUCAACUGCAAGCUGUUCAAAAUCUAGUAGGCUUAAUGGCACGCGACAAUAUGCUAAGCAGAAAGAAGAAAUGGACACUAAGAAGGCGCGUAAACGACAAAUUGAAAAGGAUAUAAUUAAAAAAAAAGCUAAUCAAGAGCGUCAGAAGAAAUUUCGUAUUGACAAAAAAGAAAUUAUGCAAAAAGUUAUUGAAAAAAAUCCUGAACUUGCUAAGAAAUUAAAAACUAAAGAAAGUCCUGGGCGUCCGUCAAUAGCUGACGAACGAAGACGAAUGGAAACUUUGAGAUGCGUUAAAACUUUAGAUGAACUACAUAAGGAACUAUUGAAUAUGGGGUUCAAAAUAUCACGAACAGCUGUGUACUAUCAUCUCCUUCCAAAAAAUUAUAAUACAAUUGAUGGCAGAAGACAUGUCAGCACAGUUCCAGUGAAAUUGAUUCGUGCUGAUCUCCAUCGACAGCAUCCAGAUACUAAAUUUGCUACUGAUACUGUUCAUCAUCUUUGCGAGCUUGCUUCAUUUUUUGGUCCGGCAAAUACGACAGUCAUUAGUCAAGAUGACAAAUGUCGAGUACCUAUUGGCAUCACAGCAGCCAAAAUGCAAGAACCUAUGCUUAUGCAUAUGGAAUAUCGUGUAAGACUUCCAGAUCACGAUUGGGUUAUCGGCGAUCGGCAUAAGUUAAUACCAUCUGUAUACGCCGGCCUUGUAAUAUCUGAAAAUGGUUAUGGUGCAAAAGAAGCUGUAACAUACUCUGGUCCAACUUUCAUCUCAAUUCGAUCAGGAAAACAUUCUUCUUCAAAUGCAAUGAGUCAUGCAAGAGACUUCGAGAGAUUGAUGAAACUUCCUGAAUUUGAUACUAUAACGAAAACAAUGGAUCAAAAUGCAAAGCCAAUAUUCAUCUUUUUUGUUGAUGGAGGACCAGAUGAGAAUCCUAGAUAUCCACACACUAUUCAAUCCGCCAUCAGACAGUUUAAAAAGUACAAUUUAGAUGCAAUAUUUAUUGCUACAAAUGCGCCAGGUCGCAGCGCAUUUAAUCAGGUUGAACGUCGAAUGGCACCUUUAAGCAGAGAAUUAUGUGGGGUAAUUUUGCCGCAUGAUUUCUACGGAAGCCACCUUGAUAUCAAUGGUAAAACAAUUGAUGAGAAGCUAGAAAUUUUAAACUUUGAACAUGCAGUCAUUGCAGAAUACGUUUGCCCAGAAAGAUCCGAAAUCGAUUUAAUAGAUACAGCAUGCAUUGAUGAAAAAUGGAAAAUGAAUCAUAUUCGUUCUUCACAAUACUUUUUGCAAAUUUUGAAGUGCCAGGAUCGAACAUGCUGUACAGAGCCACAAAGCCCAUUUUUCAACUUUUUUCCUCAACGUUUUUUGCCAGCACCUUUGCCGCUAGUAUACAGUCCUUCUAUUUCAAUCGCAAAGUCAACUGAAGACGUAGGUAAAUUUAUGAGCUUAUUUCAAAAUGAAGCAUUUGCUAACCGUACACUCCCUUAUGAUUUUCACUGCCCAUCCGUUAGUACCAACGAGAGUUUGUAUAGAUUGUGGAUUGUAUUGUGCUUCACUGGAAAUGUUGAAAUCUCACCGAAAGUCAAUCCACAAUCGUAUUGUCAAUACCAAGAAGAAGCCGAAGAAAAUCAUAAAAAGCGGAAUGAAGAGUUGUUGGUACAGUUAGAUGAUGAUGUUGAAUGA